CAGAAAGUAGACAUCGUAAAAGUGCUCAAAGAUCUCUGGCAGGACUUUCUGCAGUGCUACUCCUCCCAGACCAUGCUCUGCUGGUCUGUGUGGUGGGCACUGUCCACCUGUGGCUACUUCCAAGUCAUCAACUAUGCUCAGGGCCUGUGGGAGAUGGUGCUGCCUUCUCAGAGCACAGAGAUCUACAAUGGUGCUGUGGAGGCAGCCUCGACGCUGCUAGGAGCUGUUGCAGUGUUUGUUGUGGGUCACGUAAAAACAUCCUGGGCGAUGUGGGGUGAAGUGGCACUUGCUCUGUUCUCCUUUCUUAUUGCUGCUGCUGUGUAUAUCAUGGACACAGUUCGUAACAUCUGGGUGUGCUAUGCAUCCUAUGUUGUCUUCAGAAUCAUCUACAUGCUGCUAAUCACGAUAGCAACGUUCCAGAUCGCUACAAAUCUCAGUGUGGAGCGGUACGCCCUGGUAUUUGGGGUCAAUACUUUCAUUGCCUUAGCACUUCAGACUCUGCUCACUUUGAUUGUUGUGGAUGCCAGUGGGCUGGGUUUGGACAUCUUCACCCAGUUCAUGAUUUAUGCCUCUUACUUUGUGGCCAUCUCGCUGGUGUUCUUGGGCAGUGGCAUAUACAGUAUUGUGAAAGCUUACAGAAGACAAGAGCAGAUGCAAAGCAGAUCUCCUGAAAGCCAGUAGUGCACCAAGUAAAGACUUUUGGCGGCUACCUAUGAAGAUAUAGGUCUGGUUUUUUAAUCUCUGCCUUUUCUUCCCAAGGCAGUCACCUUAAUGGUCUUUAAUCCAUAUUUAUACUAUAUUAGUAGCACAUUUUAGAAGGUAAAUGUAUUAGCUCUUACGUAAGUAAGAACAAAUAUCUUCUUUCUAAAAUGCCUUUUGUUCUUCUGUUGCAUAUAUGGGAUGUGCAGCAAAGAACAGCAAGUUUUCUCAAAGUAUGAAAGCCUUGGGAGGCUUUAGUCUAGGCUGUGUGUAUCUGGAGGCUGCCAUGGAGAAGGCAGCUUCAUGAUUGUCUGGUCAACUGCUGCUUUUCUGUCACUGCGGUGCUGCUGCAGGGCAGAAGUGAGGGCACACGAACAGACCUCUCUGUGGGGAGCCCCAGGCCUGGGACAGGAGGUGGCCUUAGGCCUGUGCUCCACAGUGUGGCUCUCGUUGUGGCUGCCCCAUGGUGCUGGAUGCUCCGUUUUGAGUACAUUUAACGUUCCUGCACAUGCACGUGCUUCCUUGAGUUGCUUGUGCUGUUUCUGCUGCUCUUGGCUGUCACCCCUGCUGCCAGAGUUUUUACCAUAGCUGAUCAUGGUGCUUCCCCAACAACUGAACUCUGUCCUGGGGCAACUUGUGACACCGGUGAAUUGGCUAUCGAUCAGCAGCACUACUUGUGCCGUGAAGGCCAGUGCCCAAGGGGCUGUAAAGCUGAAGAGGAAGGUUGGAGUUUAAGUAGAGAAAAUACUAAUCCAAGGGACCCUUGGACAUCUUUGCCUUUGUCUUUUAGGACUGCAGAUUCCUAUGAUCACAGGAGUCACUGCCUCACAACCCUGGGAGCUGGGCUGUUUUGGUGGGAUUGUGGAUUUUAGUAUAGCACUGAGAAGGAAGGUGUCUUGCAGAUUUUUAAGCUAUUCUUUGUGACCUUGAAGAAUCAUGACUCUGGUGACUAAUUAAGACACCUUCAGUUACGAUAAUUGGCAGGAUGACUACCCGAGGCUUUGAAAAAUGCUGAUUUCUGGUCUGUCAGAUUUUCCUCUUGUUUUAAAAUGCCUUUAUGCUUUUGGUGGGUCUCUGGCCACUAGUUCUACCUCUUCUUUGCACCUAAGCAGGACAAUGAAUGUUUGGAGUGGGCAGUUCUUUGAUUGUCUAAGCAAUUUGGGACUUGCCUCACACUUUUUUUUUUUUUUUUUUAAGAAUAAUUUAUUUUUUCCAAAUUUUUUCAGCACGGGGAGGGAAUUGCACAGAGUUGUCCUGGACUUAGGCACCCAGAUACCCAAGCACCAUGACCAGCACAGCAACAGGUAUCAGCAGUAUGCUGUGGAAAUAAGCUGUGGACUCUCCCUGUUGCUGUGCAGGUUGUGAGUUUGUGUUACAGGAGAUGAUGUAAUGCAGUGUGCUUCCCUCUGUGCCUUCUUUCUGUGUGCUGAACUUCUUCCAGCCAGAGCUUGAGGCAGCAGCUUUGGUUCAUUGCUUGCUUU